AUGGGGCGGUACUCUGGAAAGACGUGUCGCCUCAUCUUCAUGCUGGUGCUCACGGCCGGCUUCUUCGUGGCCGAGUUGGUGUCGGGCUACCUGGGCAACUCCAUCGCGCUCGUGUCCGACUCCUUCAACAUGCUCUCGGACCUCAUCUCCCUCUGUGUGGGGCUCUCCACGGGGCGCAUCGCCCGCCGCAGCCGCCGGGGUCCCCGCGCUACCUACGGCUACAGCCGCGCCGAGGCAGUGGGGGCCCUCAGCAACGCCGUCUUCCUCACCGCCCUCUGCUUCACCAUCUCCGUGGAGGCCAUCCUCCGUCUUGCCCGGCCCGAGCGCAUCGACGAUGCCCAGCUGGUGCUCAUCGUUGGCACCCUCGGCCUCGCCGUCAACCUAGUGGGGCUGCUCGUCUUCCAGGACUGGGGCGCCUGCUGUCGCCGUCGCCGCCGCCCGUCCGUCCCGCCUCCCCCUGCCGCCGCGCUGCGUGCUGUGCCCGGCAGCACCCCGGCUGGGGAGGCGGAUCAAGCAGGUGAUUCACCAAAUGACCAAAAAAGCCCUGAGGAGGGGCCUGAGAAGAAAAAAGAGAAAAAAUCUGAGGCCUUGAACAUCAGAGGUGUUCUUUUGCAUGUUAUGGGAGAUGCACUUGGGUCUGUGGUUGUGGUAAUUGCUGCUACAAUCUUCCACAUACUUCCUCUGGAGAAUGCUCCAUGUAAUUGGCAGUGUUACAUCGAUCCAAGCCUGACAAUAAUUAUGGUGUUCAUCAUCUUGUCUUCUGCAUUCCCACUUAUCAAGGAGACCUCAGUUAUUUUGUUGCAGAUGGUUCCCAAAGGUGUCAAUAUGCAACUACUGACUGACAGACUAGGGCAUGUACCAGGGGUUAUCAGCCUUCAUGAGGUGCAUGUCUGGGAGCUUGCAGGUGGGAAGAAUAUUGCUACUCUUCAUAUCAAGUGCCAAACACCUACUGAUUACCAAGAUGCUGCUUAUAAAAUACGGAAGGUUUUCCAUGACGCAGGGAUCCAUUCUGUGACCAUCCAGCCUGAGUACAUUGACCACAAGACCUCCCAGCUCAUGUGCAGCUCACCCUGCAUCUCAAAAUCUUGUGACUCUCAGCUGUGCUGCAGCCAACGGGAGAUUUCCCUGGCUAAAACUAAUGGCUGCACUGAGAAAAAUGAUAGUUCCCUUUCUGUGCUGCACAGAGACAAUGGUUCAAGUAAAAAUCAUAUUGAAAUACCUGUCGAGUACCCACUGGCAGAGGAUAUCAUUAAAAAUGUGAAAAAUGGUGACAGGCCCAAUGACAAACCACAGUUAGGCAGCACACGGCUUUAGGCUCCAUUCCACAUAGUGUUUUCAUAGAACAAACAUAUCCUGGCUGGGAAGAGGGGGGGUCAUUGGUGGUUGUGGCUGAAGUUGUUGUGGCAACAAGAUUUCUGUGCUUUAGCUGUAAACCAAAACACACCUAAACCCCCUUGUAUCUGAAAUAAGUAUUAAUAUUUCCAUGAAGGGCAUUGUGUUUGUCUGAGGUUUUUCUGGUGCAGCCUAACCCAGUUCCUUACCAACCCGUGUGUGAAUCUCUGUUGUUAGAGUGGAUGGGGCAUGCUGCUGUCUGCACUGAUGCUUGCAGUUAAUGGCCAGUGGCACUGGGAAUAAAACUCUGGCCUUUUCUGCUGAAGUGAGCCAUUUCCUGAAAGCCUUGUGGCCAGUUAAUCAUUGUACUGGGCUGAAGUACUGUACGUUUAUAAAGGACUUCAGUAGAGAUGCUUUACUGAUCCUGAAACCCCAUUUUUGCAUAGGCAGUUUGUGUUUAGCAGUAAGACUUGUGCUUCUGGCCAGGGGGGUUUGUGAAUGAAAUGAAGAGUGUCUAAGGAAGAGGGGAAGCAUUCAGGAAUUUUGACUUGCAUUAUUUUAUUGAUUGACUCCUGUAUUUAGGGACAGAGCAGAAGUUGGUGUUGCUUCUCCACUGGUAAUACUGGAGUCCUAGCCUAAUCACAGAUAAUUACGCUGAAGAAUAGAAUUCUUGUCAUGAAAGCAAAGUACUAUCAUUGUCUGUACAGAUUCUAGCAAAUGGAAAUGCAGAGAGUCAUCCAAUUAACUUUUACCUUGUUCUCUGUUGUGAUUGUACAAUUCAGUCUUUCUAUUCUUAAUCUUUUGUCUCCUCACAACAGAAGUUAUGAUAUCCACGACCUAAAUUCAUCGUUGUGCAGGAUGAUUGCAGUAUCUUUAACCUCGAGUGUCUGUCAUUUUUCAUGCUGAAUAAAUAAGCUGAUGUGUUUAUUAUGAGCAGUUAAAAUUCUGCAGUUCUCUUGUUAAGACAUUAUUUAAGGUCGUACUAAUUACGAAAGUCCCUUUGAAAUGUUGUAUGCAGUAUUAUCACUUAGAGGGAGCUUUGAAAAAAAAACGCAGGGAUUUUUUUCCAGGUUUAGUCUCAGUUAUUUCUUGUUUAUUUGUUUUAAAGGGCUAGGCCCUCCUCUCUGUCCUGCCCCUUCUCCCCCUGCCCAAAGGUGUAUUUCAAAGUCUAUUUAGUGAAGCAGUUCCAUUAUCUUUUUGCUGCUUGCUCUUUUUGAAGGCAUGCGAGAGUACCUUAGGGAAAAGAAGACGACGUGCCCUGUCACCAGUGCUGGAUUUGGCUUAGAUGUGUUUUCUAGGUUUCUGGGAGAGGAGACCCAUUAUCUAAUCAACACUGGGUGUAGUGCUUAGCCUCACUGGCUGUGCAGAUCAGAUCCAGAAGCGUUCAAAUACGUUUUGCUGUCAAAAGCAGAAUGGUUUAUGUGGCCUGGCCAGGCUAUUUUAUUCAUUUAUUCACAGGGACACUUAUAUAAAAUAGUAGUGUCUUUGUCUCAGUAACAUGUGAACAGAAAGGGCAAAUUGAUUUCCUGCCUGCACUGGGAAAAUACCAGGACCUCCUUGUAAGGCUAACUUGAAAGCAGCCAGCUCCUUAUUAGCAUGGACAAUGAUGUCCUGUCGAUACUCAUUAACUUAACAAGGGAUAGUGGCUUUAAAGUGAAAGGGAGUAGGUAGAGAUUAGAUGUAAGGAAGAACUUCUUCAUCAUGAGGGUGGUGAGGCACUGGAACAGGUUGCCCAGAGAGAUUGUGGAUACCUCCUCCCUGAAAGUGUUCAAUGUCAGUUUGGAUAGGGCUUUGAGCAACCUGAUCUAGUGGAAGAUGUCCCUGCCCAUGGCAGGGGGGUUGGAGUAGAUGAUCUUUAAGGUCUCUUUCAAGCCAAACCAUGCUAUGAUUCUAUGAAUGUUAAAACUCACAGCAGGAUAUUUUUCUGCUUGGAAAAUGAUAUUUACUGAAGCAGCAGUUGCAGUCUAAAUAGCACAUUUCUAGAUUUGGAGUUCCCUUUUUUGCACACAUUCAUAGGUGAACUAAUAUAUUUGAUAGCCUUCCAUUGUAGGUUUGUACUAUAUAAAUUGAAAUAUGUGUUAGCAUAAUUAAAAGCUUGAUCCUGCAGUCUUUUGAUUCUGUUGGCAGCAGCAGAGGUGAAAGCAGCAGGAUCUUGCUUGGCAGUUAUUGCACGAAUUAAUGUAAAUCAGGAAACAUUUUAAGACUUGCUCUGUCUUUUAAAAGCCUGUGGCAUAAAGUAAGGCAGCCCUUUCUCCUCUUUGUCCUUAUUUGCAAUGAUGAUGGUGUUUUAAGUGUCAAUGCUUAGGUGCAAAUAAAAAGCAUAUUUAUAGGUUGUUGUUUUUUUAAGAACUGGAAUAGAAGACUCCCAAAAUAACAACAAAGUCUACAGGAGAGCUCAGUUUCUAGACAUCCUGUGAAGCAAGCACACUUUCAUAUUUAUGCUUUUGUGUCUUAAAUCAGGCAAUUUUUUUUUAAUGUAUACAUUUUAUUAAAUGGUUGAAACAUGGAAUGGCAGUAUUGUUUACUCUGGAAUUACAGAAAGCUGAACAGAAUGGACCACCUUUUUCUUUUGUCCUUCCAGUAUUUGUAAAACUGGGGCUAUCUAUUUUUCUAUUUUUAGAAGUGGUGUCACCUGAAAGUACAAUGAAGCAACAUUCUGAAACUUUUUUUCUUGUCUGGCUGAAUGUACUGUAAUUGUUGCCUGGGAAUAAAUAGGAAAAUACCAGGGAUUAUAGAAAUCUUCAGGUCUAGAAAACAAGCAGAUUUAAAUUUUGGUUUAUUAUUUAAGCAAGCAAAACCAACAGAGCUGUGUUACUGAUGAGAUGAACCUUGAUUCUUUUCCAUGUAGGGACUUUCAGGGUAUUCACCUAAGGAUUCUGACUCAAUAUCCUUGCCUGCCUUUGAGUCCUGCAGCAAAAUGUUUUUCACUUACAUGGCUAGGCUGUAUUGGAUGUCUUCUGUCUGAUUCUGUAGAAGACUUUAAUCUAAUCAGUGUGUAUAUUGGCUUAUUUCCCUUCAGUUCUUGGCAUUUAUCUUCUAAUUUUCUUGAAGUGGGCUUACUUCAUGUUGAAAUACAGUAUAUUUCAGUAUUUGCCUUUAACUAUGGGCACUUGUUCUGAAUGCAGCUUUGUAGCAUGUUGCAUCUUCUUUCUGGCCUCUUUAACUUAAUUGCCUUGUUUUCCCUUCCAUUUCAGUGUCAUAACAUUUCUGACCAUUGCAGGUUGAUUGUGCUACUCUGUCCUUUUCAAGUACUCCCUUAUGUCUGCAUCAUCAUGGCAUUUGAGUUUGUUCCCAAUGAUUGCCCCUAUCUGUUCCUCCUUCUCUGAGGAGGAACUUCUUUAAUUUAAGAAUGGUGGAGCACUGGAGCAGGCUCCUCAGAGAGGUGGUGGAGCCUCUGUCUCUGGAGGCAUUCAAAACCUGCCUUGACAGGAAGGUCCCUUCCAAGUCCUACUAUUCUGUGAUACACAGGUGACUAUCAGCUGGUUAUCCAGCUAAUGUGGCUCUCUGCUCCAUAACCAGUCCUACAUGUCACGUAGCUGUAGGACAACAAAACAUUUGCUAGCCUUGCCUGGAGUAAAAGUGAAAUCAGGAAUGAAUGAACAUGACAUUGAAUGCAGAAGCAAUUUACUGGACCUUUUCUUAAAGUGAAUAUUUUUUUGUCACCUUUUCAAGUGUGCCAAACAUGCCAAUCUGACUGUUAUUUUUCCCUUCUGUAACUCUCUAAAUACAAGUCUUGGCUUUGCUCUUCUAUGUAAAGAAUAAUUGAUGCUAUUUUGGGGAGUUUUACUUUUGUUUUAGCAGAUUUUCAGCUGACUUCCUUGUGUUCUCUGUGGCACUUAUUUUGGCUUGUAGUGCAACUGCCUUUUUUUUCUCUUUGUUUUCCAUGUUGUCUCUUCAAUAAAAGCAAUAUGGUUUUGCUACCCUGCCAAUCAUGGUGGUGUACCUAUGAUACAGUUUAGAAAUACCUCUGUUAUGCACUGGUUAUUUUUUUGCAUUGUAUUUUAUUAAAAUUCACCCACUUUCUGUUUUUUACUAUGUGAUGCACCUUACCAUUGCAAACCACUUUUGGACCUUGUUUAGUUCCUCCUAUUCUUUCCCCCUGUCUUACCUGAUUUAUAACACUUACUGUCCUGAAUGCUCCUUUUCAUUCUGAACUUUGAAGAGAAUAUGCCAGUAUCUGAAUCAUCCCCAAAGUGAAGUUCACCACCCAAGGUCUAUGGAUGGCUUGAUGUGAGCUGCUCCAAGGACUAUUUUAUAUCCUGUGGUCUGUGUCGAAGUGUUGUCUAAGUGGUCAUCCUGAGAUAUAAAUACAUAUUUAUAUAUACUCUUAUUCUUUAUAAACACUCUACCUGAACCAGAUUCUUAAAGAAAUUGGUUCCUAAACCUAAGAAGAUAUAAUGAAAUCAGUAGGGGUCAUUAGUCAUUUAUUAACACCUUUGGGGAAAGCUUGAAUCAGCUAAUUGUAAAGCAGGUAAAAGGGAUGUUUCUGAAAAGAUAAUUCAAAAGCUAUGAAGAUUUCUAUAGGUUCUCCUACUUACUCUGCUGUACAGUGGAAACACUUUCUGUGUUUGAAGAGUGAUAACCUUGAUAUGAAGAUGUCACUGAAUAAGAAUGUUACAUUAUGGAGUUGUGUUGCUGAAAAGUUUCCUCCAGGUUUUCCGUUUCUUAUGUGAUUUAAAUAAGGUACCAAAAUGUAAUUUCCACGAUUGAUGAAUCAAUGAAUUGUAAAUCUCACUGUGGUUUUAUUAACUAUUAGUGAAAAAGUACUUCAAGUUUUA